UACUCAACCUCCUUUGUGAAUUCGGGCCACGAUGUUUGAAUAGUGUCAACGGAACUGCAGGCCUAAACUUGAACAUCAUUAUUUCCGUUCAGUCCCGGACUCCCGUAUUAUUACUAUUUUAUUGUGUUUGAAACAAGACGUACUCUAACUGUACUGCUAACAUUGCAAUCAUGGACAUGGGCUGAUUUCCACAAUUUUUUUCUCAUUAUGCCUUACAUUACAACUUUUAUUGUGUUGAACUAGAGAAUGGCUACUAUCAGGACGGAUGUGUCCAUAGUUGGGAGCCAAUGCGGGAAAACAAGUCUCCAAACUGCAUUCGUCAAAGACAGAUUCGACCCUCGAGAUGUAUACAUCUCGAGGGCUGAAAUAAGGGCAACGUCUUGCAUAGAAGUAAAUGGCAAAAAGGUUGAGCUGGGAAUAUGGGAUACACCAAGUCAAGAAUUGUAUGGAAGACUGAGAACUGGAUUCGCAUACCCCAAGACGGACGUUGUACUUCUUUGCUUCUCGUUUGAUCGACCCGACAGAUUUGAAGACAUCUCGGAGAAAUGGAUACCAGAGGUGAAGAAGUACCUCCCAAAGGCACCUAUCAUUUUUGUGGGGAACAAGAAAGAUCUUCAAAAUGACAAGGAUACAAUACAAGAAUUGUUAAAGAAGAAUCAGGAACCGGUAAAAACAGAGGAUGCCCAGGUCCUUGCAAAAAAGAUCGGCGCCAUUUCAUAUCUAGAAUGCUCGGCCAAGGAAAACAAAGGCUUCAGAGAAGUGUUUGAGACUGUAGCAUUGGCAGGAAUAAAACAGGAUGAAAAGAAGAAGUCGUCAAAAUGCACCCUCUUGUGA